AUGAUAAAAAUGGCAGGUGAUGAAAGUGACAGUGACCUGAAACCAUCAAGUGUCGCGAUCAUUAGAGAAGUUUACGAUAGUGAAAAUGCCCACAUUAAAUUUGAAAUGGAAUUGGAAAGAGCACUUGAGGCCGGCGUGAGUGUAAUUGUAAUAGAGCCUGAACCACUAGGAGAAGAAACGGCCAGAUGGAUAUAUGUUGGAAAUCUCUUACAUGAAGUUUCUGUUUACAGUGGACUCUGCAGCAUUGCGUCAGGCUUAGCAUGGAGAUCAUUAGCAUGUACACCAUUUGGAAUAAUAUCAGUUUUAUGUUCGGGUUGCUACACUCUCUCAUGGCAAUGGGAUCCAUGUUGCAAGUAUCAAGAGGAAAAGGAUCGUAGACAUUUAGCCACAUUACCUGUUCUAAGUGAUGUUACAUCAGGAACACCAGUAGUACUUGUCCAUAAAGAUAAUAGAAGAAAAAUAUUAUUGCAUAGUACAGUAUCUUUAGCUGCAGCAGCUGUAUGCUUAUGGAGACUAUAUCAGACAUUCAAAUAAAUGAAUCUGGCACCUAACAUUUAAUGUAAUGCUUUAACAUUAGGUUACAAAUGUUCUCAAAUUGUGAAUGGUUAAAGACUAUUACUAACCUCUUAGUGCUUACUAAUGUUGUUUUUGUAGAUAUAAAGUCUACUGUAAUUAGUUGUUGUAGUCACUGUAAAAAUUGUUAUACAUAUAUUUUAUUAUUGAUAGUAGAACUAGUUAAAUAAAUUCUGUACAAACAAUAUUUUCUUUAUAUGGUAAGGAGCUUUUUAGUUACAUGUGAUAGCAGUUAAAAGAUUCUGUUAUACAAUAAUGGUAAUUGUGUUCUAGAGAUCACUGUUAUCAUAUAUUCAUUAAAAUAAAAAUAUUUUC